UUGCUUUUUCCCAGGGAAUGCCUGAAGAGCAGCACCGAGCAUCUCACCAGCCCGCCGCCGAGGGCGAUGCCAACAUCUCUGCCUCCGGCUGUCCCGAGCGCUGGGUCGAGCCCACGUUCACGCCAGCUGCCAGGGCCCGCGUCAUCGUCACCGCCGUCCUCUUCCUGCUAGCGGCAUGCAGCAACGCCGCGGUGCUCUGCAGCCUCGUGAGGAAGAGGAGGAAGUCCCACGUGCGGCCGCUGAUCCUCAGCCUGGCGCUGGCGGACCUGCUGGUGACGGUGGCGGUGAUGCCGCUGGACGCCGUGUGGAACGUCACGGUCCAGUGGUACGCCGGCGACCUCUCCUGCAAGCUGCUCAACUUCCUCAAGCUCUUCGCCAUGUACGCGGCCGCCUUGGUGCUGGUGGUCAUCAGCCUGGACCGCCACGCCGCCGUCCUCCGCCCCUUCGCCUUCGCCAGCGCCCGCCGGCGCAACAAGCUCCUGCUCUGCGUCGCCUGGGCCACCAGCCUUCUGCUGGCUUCACCCCAGCUCUUCCUUUUCCACCUGCACACCAUCCCGGGAGUGAAUUUCACCCAGUGUGUUACUCACGGCAGUUUCCAAGAGCACUGGGAAGAAACCGUCUACAACAUGUUCACCUUCACCACCCUCUACAUCACCCCGCUGAGCGUCAUGAUUAUUUGCUACAUCCGAAUCAUAUGGGAAAUCAGUAAGCAGCUAAAGAUCAACAAAGGUCUGAUAAGAAAUAAAAAUGACCACAUCUCCAAGGCACGCAUGAAGACUCUCAAGAUGACCAUAGUGAUCGUUGCUACCUUCAUCAUCUGCUGGACUCCGUAUUACCUCUUGGGCUUGUGGUACUGGUUCCAGCCAGACAUGAUCCAAAGGAUGCCUGAGUAUAUCAACCACAGCUUCUUCCUCUUUGGCUUGCUGCACACGUGCACCGACCCUGUCAUUUAUGGACUGUACACCCCGUCCUUCCGGGAGGACAUGCAGUUGUGCGUCAGAGGCAUUGAAACGGCAUUUACCAGGCAGGAGAGACACAAACCUGUCCCGGGCUCAGAGAAGAACGUCAAAGAUGAUGCUGUGAAUGGUGGGGUGGCAUCGGGGGGCUCCAACGGGACAACUGUGCACACAGUGUGCUGAAGAGACCUAUCUGAAAGGAGUCCAGAGACCCAGGUUCAGGGGCUGCUUCAUCCCCCAGCCUCAUUUUGGAGACUGUCACAAGGAGGUUUUCCACCUCACUUCGGUCAGUGUGAGUCUCUAGCCAAAACCUGUAACAGGGAAUGUUUCUGUGACCUGUGCUCAGGGUGAAAAACAUUGAUUUUGGAGGUAAUUAUGGUUAUUCCUCAAAAUACUGGGAGCCCUGGGACAACUAGGAAACUGGCCUUUUUAUCGCCUAUGUGCGCUGCUCCGGGACAGAUGCCCCUAGCACGGACUCUGGGACCGAGCACCCACCACGCUUCCAGAAUCGACCCACGGGAGAAGACACGCUGGCUUCGCAGCUGUGUGGAGCGAGGGCCACGCUUCCUGGGGCUCCGUCUCUGGGUGCCCCUUGGGGCCUGUUCCCAAGCACAGAUUUGUGCAGAUGCAUAGUGGUCCGUGGAACUGGGCCCCGAGACGUUGCAAAAGUGGGGACUGAAGGCUUUGACUCCAUUUUCUCCAUCCGUUGUAGGAAAGUCGCUCUCGAAGUUUCUGCUCUCCUGCCUCUGUGCCUGUCCGGUUCUCCCACAGCCUUGCGUGAAGCUCCAGGGAUUUAAAUCUUGGGGGGUGACUAAUGCAGGGUGCUUGUUUUGUACUUUUUGCAGCCUGCACAGUAGAAAUAAAUCUUCCCUGGGUUGUUUGUGUUUCUCAGGUUGCUGUCCUUGGACCCUCGAAGCGGU